GUUAUUAGUCUGUGGCAGGCAAGAGGAAAGGAAGCGUGGUGCGGCAUAGCGAUAUUUUGAAUUGAAUAUUUUUAAAAAAUAACUAAGGCCUUAUUUAAAACGCGAACAAAUCAGCAUUUACUAAAAUUAUAUUUUUACUAAAACGGCCUCACAAUGGCUGACGCAAAAAACAAGGAACAGUCAGUAACCAAAGAACCUAUGAUCUACGUGUGUGGAGAAUGCCACAGAGAGAAUGAAAUCAAACCCAGAGACCCCAUUAGAUGCAGGGAAUGUGGUUACCGGAUCAUGUACAAGAAGAGAACCAAAAGAUUGGUUGUAUUUGACGCCCGAUGAAGAAGAAAGAAGACAACAAAAAUUUAAUUUACAUUUAGUUUAUUAAUCUUACCAUUAUAAAAUAUCCAUCCAUAUAGUAUAAUAAACAAUAUGUGGGCAAAUA